AUGACAGAUAGAUUAACACAAUUGCAGAUAUGUUUAGACCAAAUGACGGAGCAAUUUUGUGCUACUUUAAACUACAUAGAUAAGAACCAUGGUUUUGAACGAUUAACCGCAAAUGAACCUCAAAUGUCCGAUAAACAUGCUACAGUGGUGCCUCCUGAUGAAUUUUCGAACACGAUAGAUGAGCUAUCCACGGACAUUAUACUGAAAACAAGACAAAUAAAUAAGCUUAUUGACUCGCUGCCUGGUGUCGACGUUUCAGCUGAGGAGCAAUUGAGGAAGAUUGACAUGCUGCAGAAAAAAUUAGUUGAAGUGGAAGACGAGAAAAUUGGGGCCAUCAAGAAGAAAGAGAAACUUUUAAGGAACGUUGAUUCUUUAAUUGAGGAUUUUGUGGACGGCAUUGCAAAUUCAAAGAAGAGCACAUAA